AUGAAUCAACAAGAAACAACUACAAAAAUCAGUAUUGAUAAAGAAUAUAGAAAGUAUGAUUAUUCAAAGAACUUUGACAAGACAUUGACAGAAGAAGAAGAAGAUCCAACGAAUUGUUCGUCAAAGUUACUUGAACAGCAAUCUCAAUUAGAGAGUCGUCUACUCACUCGUGAAGAUCUGAUUAAUUUAGACAAAACUGAACCUCGUUGGAGAUGUAUUCGAAUAGGAUUAUUAAUUGGAUUUGGGAUUAUAUUUUUUGGUCUUUUAGCAGCAUGUAUUAUUUACAUCAUUUUUGGACAAAAAUGCCCAUCUGUGCCCAAAUUACCAUUUUGGAAAUCAACAGUUGGUUACUGGUUAGAUGUGUUUGCAUUUAAAGACUCUUCUGGCGAUUUAGUCGGAGAUCUAAACGGUCUCACAUCUGAAGUAGAUUACAUCAAAACUGUAGUCGGUGCAGGAUAUGUGAUAUUAGGUCCCAUUACUAAAGGAUUUUACACUAAUUCAUACAAUAUACUCGGAUUAGUGGAAGAUUACGAGCAGCUAGAUGAGGCAGUCGGUACAAUGGAUGAUUUUCGUAUUCUUUUAAAACAAUUUCAUAAAAAGGAUAUAAAAGUUAUCUUGACAUUCGAUUUCAAUGCGAUAUCCAUCAGUCAUAAAUGGAUCAUACAGAACAAAGUCAAACUGACGUUGUUUGAUGAUGACUUUAAGAACAAGAAGUCACGAUAUGGAAAUCGAUUGGACGUGAAUAUUAGUCAUCAAAAAUACUAUUCAGUUUUUGAAUAUCCAAGCAUAGAUCUAGAUUUAACUUCUUCCGAAACUCAGAAAGCAAUAUUUGAUGUGACCCACUUUUGGAUGAAAGAAGGAAUAGAUGGAAUUCUCCUAGAUAAUGCUGCAUUUUUUGUUGAAGAAGAAGAAAAAAAAGGAACACAAAGCAACCUCAGUUCAACAUGGUUGGAAAACUGUCCUAAUUCUCAAUUAUAUAGAAAUGGAAGUGUGAAAUUUGUUGAAGGUGUAAGAGAAGAAAUGAACAAGUGGAUUAAGGAAAGUGGAAAAGAAAA